GUGCACGUUUGCCUCUGUUCCGGACAGGAUUCCUGUUCUGUCCCAGGUGGGGGGUUUGAGGCCCCAACGCAGGACUCCGAGGAGUCUGCAGGGAGACGCGGUGUUGGCGAAAGCGUCCGUCCCUUCCAGGACGCUGAGCACGAGUGUGUUUGCGUGUGGAGAGGGCACUUGAGCUCUCCGUGGAGUGGGUCGCCGCCUCUCACUUCUUUGCUGCUCUGCACAUUUUUCGAGGAUUUCCACCACAGCUCACAGACCUCCUGUGACCGCCGGAAAGGCGUGGCAACCAAACGCCAAACUGUGAAGGCUGAGGCAUAAUCCCAGAGAACCCCGGAGGAAAAGAACUCGAAAGGGACCAACGGGAGAAGAACUGUUGACCAAACAGAGAUGAGCUGAGGACUUUCAGCUUUGAAAAGACAGGAAGCCGCUUUCCUGGAGAAGCUAGAAGAUUCUAGACCUUAUAGAACCAAACCAGAGACCCGAAAAACCUCAAUGAUGGCUUCCUGGAAAACUUUACCUGGAUCCCAAAUAGUGUCUCCGGCUGCAGAGCGACUACGCAACAUCCUGGGGGAGGACGACGGCGCCCCGACCCCCACGAUCUUCACUGAGAUGGACACGCUGCAGCGUGAUGGGGACGAGCUGGAGUGGAAGGAGUCUGCGAGGUGGGUGAAGUUUGAGGAGAAGGUGGAAGAGGGAGGAGAAAGAUGGAGCAAGCCCCACGUCUCCACGCUGACCCUCCACAGCCUGUUUGAGCUGAGGACCUGUCUGCAGACGGGAAGCAUCAUGCUGGACCUGGAGGGGUACUCUCUGCCGCAGAUCGUGGAGGAGAUCGUGGAUCGUCAGAUAGCCGAUGGCCUCGUCCCGCUUGAUCUGAAGGAGAAGAUCAUCUUCGUGCUACUCAGGAAGCACCGCCACCAAACUAAGAAACCCAUCCACCGCUCACUGGCAGACAUCGGAAAGUCCUCCAACGCGUCUGCCAACCGUAGUCCUCAUGUUAAUCUGAGUCGUAGUACUAGUUCAGCUUCUGGGAUCCACCGCUCCACAGAAGACCUACGCUCUCGGCCGUCAAGCAGCCUUGGCCGCCUGCAUCCAUGUCAGAGCCGAAGCAUGAACGACAUCUCAGACACCCCCAGCACAGACCAGCUGAAGAAUAAGUUCAUGAAGAAGAUUCCUCGAGAUGCAGAAGCCUCAAACGUCCUGAUUGGUGAGGUGGACUUCCUUGACAAACCGUUUGUCGCCUUUGUCCGUUUGGCCCAGGCCACGACUCUGGGAGGCUUAACCGAGGUUCCCGUACCAACCAGGUUCCUCUUCAUCCUGCUGGGUCCUCAAGGCAAAACCAAGUCCUACAAUGAGAUCGGCAGAGCCAUUGCUACCCUCAUGGUGGACGAUCUGUUCAGUGACGUUGCUUAUAAAGCGAGGGAGCGUGAGGACCUGAUUGCAGGAGUUGAUGAGUUUCUGGACGAGGUGAUCGUUCUUCCUCCAGGAGAGUGGGACCCCAAAAUACGCAUUGAACCUCCUAAAAAGGUCCCAUCAGCUGAAAUGAGGAAGUCGGUGUUGAACCUGAACGAGCUCGGCCAGAUGAACGGCUCGGCUGGUGGAGCUGCUCCUGGAGAGGAUGAGGAGCUUCCUGCUCCACAUGAGCUCGGAGAGGAGCUGAAAUUCACUGGAAGGUUUUGUGGUGGAUUGUGGCUAGACAUCAAAAGGAAGAUCCCGUUUUAUUGUAGCGAUAUCUACGAUGGCUUCCAUAUCCAGUCCAUUUCUGCAGUGCUCUUCAUCUACCUGGGUUGCAUUACCAAUGCCAUUACCUUCGGAGGACUGCUAGGAGAUGCUACAGACAGCUACCAGGGAGUGAUGGAGAGUUUUCUGGGCACUGCUCUGGCAGGAACAGUCUUCUGUUUGUUUGGUGGACAGCCCCUCAUCAUCCUCAGUUCAACUGGACCCAUUCUCAUCUUUGAAAAACUACUUUUUGAUUUCAGCAAGAAUUAUGGCGUGGACUACAUGGAGCUCCGUUUGUGGAUCGGCCUCCACUCGUGUCUGCAGUGUUUUUUUCUGGUUCUGUCAGAUGCCAGCUACAUCAUCAAGUACAUGACCCGCUUCACGGAGGAGGGUUUCUCCAGCCUCAUCUCUUUCAUAUUCAUCUCUGAUGCCAUCAAGAAGAUGGUUUCAUGCUUUAAGUACUAUCCAAUCAACCAAGGCUUCAAACCAGACUACAUUACCUCCUACAAGUGUGAAUGCAUCGCUCCGGACCAGGAAUCUGCACUGGGCUUGAAUGUUUCAGCUCCACUGGCAGAUGAUAACAUGACUCUGCUGUUUAACUUGACAGAUCUGGACUGGAGUCAGCUGAGUAAGAAGGAGUGCAUCAAGUACGGGGGCGCUCUGGUGGGCAGCUCCUGUAAGUAUGUUCCUGAUCUGGCCCUCAUGUCCUUCAUCCUCUUCUUUGGAACCUACUCCAUGACCGUGUCUCUCAAGAAGUUCAAGUUCAGCCGCUACUUUCCCACAAAGAUGAGGAAGCUAAUCAGUGAUUUUGCCAUCUUCAUGUCAAUCAUGUCCUUUGUGGGUCUGGAUAUGUUGAUGGGGUUAGACACUCCCAAACUAAUCGUUCCAACAGAGUUUAAGCCGACACGCAGCGACCGCGGUUGGCUGGUGACGCCAUUUGGGAAGAACCCCUGGUGGUGGUACCUGGCCAGCAGUGUUCCAGCUCUCCUGGUCACCAUUCUCAUCUUUAUGGAUCAGCAGAUCAGCGCCGUGAUCGUCAACCGCAAAGAAAACAAGCUGAAGAAAGGCUGUGGCUACCACCUGGACCUGUUCUGGGUGGGGGUGCUGAUGGCGGUCUGCUCCUUCAUGGGUCUGCCAUGGUAUGUGGCCGCCACCGUCAUCUCCAUCGCCCACAUAGACUCUUUGAAGAUGGAGAGCGAAACCAGCGCCCCUGGGGAACAGCCCCAGUUCCUAGGAGUCAGAGAGCAGCGUCUGACGGGAACAUUGGUGUUCGUUCUGACCGGACUCUCUGUCUUCCUCGCUCCUGUCUUGAAGUACAUCCCCAUGCCCGUCCUGUAUGGCGUCUUCCUCUACAUGGGAGUGGCUUCGCUGAGUGGCAUCCAGUUCUGGGAGCGGAUCAAGUUGUACAUGAUGCCCCCCAAACAUCAGCCAGACUUCUCCUUCCUACGCCACGUCCCCCUCAGACGGGUCCAUCUCUUCACUCUGGUUCAGAUAGUCUGCCUGGCCGUUCUCUGGAUCCUCAAAUCCACAUUCCUGGCAAUCAUCUUCCCAGUGAUGAUUCUAGGUCUGAUGGUUGUUCGAAAGCUGCUGGAUCUGAUGUUCUCGCAGCACGACUUGGCGUGGCUGGACGACAUCCUACCGGACAAAGACAAGAAGAAGAAGGAGGACGAGAAGAAAAAGAAAAAAGAGAAGAAGGCAGUUGAGCCGGAGAGCGAUGAAGAGGAGAUGAACCCCUACUCCACAGUCACGUCCGACCAAAAUGAGCUUGACCGCAGCAUCACUCUACACCUGAAGAUCUCCUGCCCCCCCUCACCUGAUCACUCCCAGAAGGGCCUCGUCCCCCCGGAGCCCCAGCGGCCGCCUCACCAGCCCGUCCCUCAGGUCAGCAUCCGGGUGGAGUCAGACAGCGAGGAGUCUGCCGUUUACUCCAGAGAGUGCCGAUACAACCUGUUUGCCCCCACUGACCCCCCAGCACCACCACUACCCGACAGGGUCUGCCCCAGACCCGUGCACCUCAGGGACUCCUGUGCAGAAACAAUUCUGUGAACUGAAUCGUUGGAGUAGGGUGCAGCAGCCCGACCCGAAACCUUCAGCAUCUUUGGAACCACAUCGCCCUCUAGUGGUGGUUUCUAUCAGGACAGGCUCCAUCUCCUUUAAGUGUAAAUGUGGCUGUGCUUUUAUUUUGAAAGUCACGUAGACUGAAGUUUAAUAUAAUUUAGAUUAAAUGGAAAUUAAUUAAAUGAAAUAAUCUGGUUUUUACACUUCAGACCAGGCAGAUGUGAUGCAACCAGACAAAGAGCUCUCCUCAAUACUCGAGUAUUCUCGUCUCCCUCCCCUCAGACAUUUAAUACCCUGACCAGGUUAAUAAUGACAUGAAGCAGACUGCUUUAUUUUGCCUUUAUUAGCUUAAACACUUGCAAACAGAAGCAAACAUUCUAACUUCAGUUUCUACUGAAGAGUUGAAGUUAAUUAAA